AUGUCGUCGGUGAAUCAGUCCAUCUUGAUGGCUGGGGAGGACCCCCUCAUCAAGGCUCUCCCUCCAGCCACUGACUACCUCACUUACCUCACUUUGCUGGAAUAUCAGCUAACCCCCGCCCGCCUGCCGACCUUGCACAAGCUCCUCCAAGAUGAGGUCCUGACAACGAAUAUCGGCUGGGACUUGGUAAAGAUCCUUCUUCCCAUGCUACCAGAGUCCCAAGAGUGUCUGAAGGAUGUGGCACGCCUUGGGAAUCCCAGGGAAGUUAUCUUGCGGGUAUCCGACGCUCUUAUGCAGCUACAUCCCGCCGAAGACGACGAAGAGGACUCUGACAAACAGCUAGAGACACAGCUCGAGGAUGUCAACCUAGACGGUAAUGAAGCUAAAGCAUCGACAAAGACCAUCCCUCUUCACGUUCUCAAGUUCAACACCCUCGUUGCGAUGCUCUCCACCCUUCAUUCCCGUAUACAGACAAAGUCUCCCAGCCGGUUCCUGGCAACGUCCCUACAGGCAGUACUGGAAGCAUACACCUCGAUGCCAACGAAUGAGACCACAAUCGCUCUGCUCGAAUUUCUUAGAGACGUAUCUCCCAGCAAACGACCCCCGCCGCCGCCCAGGGCACCCAGCGAUUCGACAGUACUUCGAGUUGCCGAAGCGUCUGCCCCGGACCCUGAAGCCGAAGUCAGCUCGCCAAACCCGGCUAGAAAUGAGGAGAGUGCGUUGAUUAGAAGAUUCCUCCAGUUUGGGUUGAUCGAGCUCCUCAAAUCGUAUCUUUUGAGCUGUUCCGGUCCAAUGGACCCUGGAAUGUCGUGGGCUGUUCGAGUACAAGAAAAACUACAUCCGGAAACACGCAUGCCAGGAACGGCAUCACCGACAAACGUCUAUAUGGAUAACAAGCAACUCGGAGAAAGGGAUAGCAUUGUUGCUAAAAUCACAGCACUGUCCCAAGAUUUCGGCCUAACCGACGAAGAGCUUCUAGAAGUCGUCACCCGGGCUCCCGAGACGCAGCCUCCACCGUUGGACUUUGAAGAGCACCCGAAGAAGGCAGAAGACAUCCCUCUCGAAAGACAUGGGUCGUUGCUGCUCCUUGCAGCACGGGCAGCGGUCGAGAAGUUGUUCUCGCCCGGAAAGGCUUCGAAAGCUUCUCCGAUUAAGGUCUAUCCUGACCUUGCGCGGAUCUUUGACAACUUUGUUGGGAGAUUCUGCAAGCUGGAUGAGGUCGCUUUCGAACAGCCGCAUGUGCUGCUCGAUUCUCUGCUUGCGUUGACGGUUUUAUCCCUGCAAAACCCAAUAUCAGCACCGUCGGAUGAGACCGAGUUCGCAGACUUUGUCGUCUCGUUGACAGCAUGUACUGUUCGCCAGACAUACAGCACAAUCCGGAGCAUCCCUGCCGCGGUCAUUCAUGAAAAUCCUUCGCAAGUUGCUCGCUUUAAGGUAAUCCGAAAGGUGUUAGAGGACAAGUAUUACGGAACCAUCAAAGACCGAGCAAUUGAUUGGCUCAAGAAAGAGAUUCUAGAAGCAGCCAAAGAGCCCCCUGGUCCCGAGCCAAGCAUCUUCCUCAAUCCCCACUAUUUCUCUGUCCUCUUUCCCCUCAUCUUCGCCUCCCCCGUAAUGGAACUUGAUGUGUCCGCCGACCUUGUGACGGCCUGGGUCCGGUUCACCCAGAAAUCAAGUCCCUCGAUCCAUUCGGCGCUGAAUCUCUACUACAUUUUAAUAUCAUCGGACGAACUGCGCGGCAAACUACAGCUCGAGAAGACUUACGUAUACUUCCGUCAUCGGUUUCUGGAGCCUCUGAAAGCAAUCUGCGGCGCGUUCACAGCUGAUCUUACUGCGAACGGCGGAGACGGAAAGAUCGAGAGCUCGGUGGGCGAGGACAUGGUCAAAGUGGGGACGGCACGGUCUGUCAAUCUGAUCCUACACAUCGUGGAACAGGUCGAGGACGCAGUAAGUGAGGCCUUUGUCUUGGGCGACGCAGAGCUGCAGGAACCCAGUGCCGAUGACAUCGCGCGCGUGGAUGCAAUCCGCAAGGAGACCUCUGUUGCUUAG